UGGGGGAGGAGACUCAGCCGUCAUAAAGAAACCCUCACGCCAACCGUUGAUAAAGCAAUACUUCUGUCAGUCCUCCAGCUGUCAAUCAAGAUAAAUAGUCUCUUUAAAACCCCUAUCAGACCAGACGUAUCGUCAUAGCUGGACUCUGGCCGCUGUCAGUAGCGACAGGACUCAGUCUCCGGUAGAAAACAGCAGCGCACACUUGUCGCAGCGAGAGCUCCGUGGAUCAAGAGUUUAUAUCGGAAUAAAGGUGCGCAAAAUGACAGAUAUUCCUCAGAGGUGCACAUGAACUGCCUUGGACUGCGUUUCACUCUAUCAAGAGUGCGUCAGCUCUGCAAAAUAAGGCGAAUUGCCUUAUUCACUCCUAUAAAUAGGAGUAAAGGUGAUCGUUCCGAGCAAGGAUUCAAUUAGUUCGGCAAUUGUUCCUGGCGAGAACUGAGAUAAGCGGACACUGAGACGGAGUGAAAUGGAUCUGAAGGCGUUGGGCUGCGCAGUGCUCUUACCUAUUCAGAUACUCUACUACACUGUCAAGGCGACCGUGUGCUGGUUCUUACCGAGCAGGCGGAGAGAUCUGAGCGGAGAUGUAGUGCUUAUCACGGGUGGCGGACGGGGCAUCGGCCGUCACCUGGCUAAGGAGUUCGCCGUGCGUGGAGCUAAAAAGCUAAUCCUGUGGGGCCGGACGGAAAAAUGUCUGAAGGAGACGUGUGAGGAGAUCACCCUCAUGGGGACAGAGUGCCAUUAUUUUGUUUGCGAUGUGGCCAACAGGGAAGAAGUCUACAAGCAAGCCAAGGUUGUCAGAGAAAAGGUGGGAGAUGUGACUAUUCUGGUGAAUAAUGCUGCAGUGGUGCAUGGGAAGAGUUUGCUGGACAGUGAUGAUGAUGCUCUUCUCAAGUCACAACACAUCAAUACAAUGGGACAGUUUUGGACCACGAAAGCCUUCCUGCCUCGUAUGCUGGAACUGCAAAACGGCCAUGUUGUAUGUGUCAACUCCAUCCUGUCUUUGUCCCCGAUCCCUGGUGCCAUAGAUUACUGCACAUCUAAAGCUUCUUCACUGGCCUUCAUGGAGAGCCUCACUCUGGGGCUGCUGGACUGUCCAGGUGUAGCCUGCACCACCGUCCUCCCGUUCCACACCAACACUGAAAUGUUUCAGGGCAUGAGAGUCAGGUUUCCGCAACUUUUUCCUCCUCUAAAGCCAGAGGUUGUAGCACAGAGAACAGUAGAUGCUGUUCGGACAAACACAGCCUUUGUUUACUUACCCUGGACCAUGAACGCACUCGUUAUCCUCAAAAGCAUGCUACCACAGAGUGCACUGGAGGAAAUCCACAGAUUCUCAGGAACCUACACCUGCAUGAAUACUUUCAAGGGGCGGACAUGAGAAAUUUAGGAAUAACACAGGAGUUUCAAGUGUUACAUAUUUUUAAACAGACUGUUUUUUUUUUUUAUUAAACAACGGCUGUGGAGUUGUUCUUCCACGGGCAUUGAGAUCCAGAACGCAUUUCCAGGACUGUUUGCAGGUCAGCACUGACCUUUGUGUUGCGUUGUUGGACAAACACAGAAUGGAAGGAAAAAAAGAAGCCUCAGUCGAUCGCUGUGCUGUACUGUAUGUGUACUUUAAUGUUUUUUAACAAUCACCUUUUAACUACUGUCACUGUAAAUUCUGCAUCUGAAUUAAAAAGAAAAAAAGUGUUUUAAAGGAAAAAGCCUUCCAGUUGGAUGUCUUUAGGGGGGUUUCAGCCUAACACUUUGGUUUUAGGUGCCAUUUACACUGUGUUUUCGAUUUAAAAGGCAUAUUUUGUUGGUGUUACACAUGCCUUUCAAGCUACCCUUGCAUCUUCAACCUGCAAAAAAACAUUUUGAAAAAGCUAAAGGCCACAUUUUAGUUUAGAAAUGCAUUUUAGAAUGAAAAUACUUCUCGUCCAGUUUUUAAUGUGUUCCAGAAAAACUGUUACCAUCCACAAUAAACAGCUUAAAAUGCAUGAUACUCUACAUGACUAUUUAGCUCACUGAGCAUCCACAUAGAUCAGCGGUACUCAACCCUGUUCCUGGAGAUCUACCUGCCUGCAGAGUUCAGCUCCAGUCCUGAUCAAACACACCUGAACCAAUUAAUUAAAACCUGAACAGCACUUGAUAAUUACAUGCAGGUGUGUUUGAUAUGGGUCGCAACUAAUAUAUGCCCGAAGGUAGAUCUCCAGGAAUAGGGUUGGUCACCCCUGGCAUAGACUGUCUGCAUCAGUACUUGCUGUCUACCUGUUGCUUAAUGGUCAUAUAAGAUGGGCUUGACAGGUCAGGGAACAAUGUACGAUAGUCCAGAGUGUGAUUGUGGAUAGCCAUGCCUCCAUUUUCAAAUGUUUGCAUUUCAAUUCGUCUAUACUGAAAUGGAGCACCAUUUUCCAAACUAAAACAAGAUCUUUUUAAAAACGCCCCAUUUUAGUUUAGUUAAAAACUUUAUUAAUCCCCUUGGGGCAAUUCAUUCUGACAUGGUGGUGCUUCACAUUUAACAAAAAUGACACAUGUAACACAUAAAACACCAACACUUACCAUCAAGUACACACACCAAAAAAAAAGAAAAAAAUCAAUAACAAUGGUAGAUAAUAAUAACUAAUAAUAAUCUAUCAAUUAACUACAUUUAUUACGUAACCGAAUUGAUUCAGGCACAAAAGUAAAUUUAUAAUGAUUUAUGGAACAUUUUAUUGUUCUUAGACGUCGCCCAAGGGGCAUCCACUCAAAAUAUUUGCUCAAGGGGUGUGUGCUGUCUCCUAGUAUUUUAUGUGCUAUCCUCAACACCUGCAGUUUGUAACAGUAUGCAAGACUUCACAGGGAAACUCUUAAAAUUUGAGCACAAAUUAGCAAUGCCUUGAAGACGAUUCCUGUUUUUUAUAGAGAGUGAAGAGAACCAGCAAAUAAAAGAAAAGGACAAAAUACUUUCAAUAAAUGAAUUGUAAAAGGUCUUGAGAAUAACUUUCUUUACAUUAAAAGAGUUG